AUGUAUUCCUCAGAUGACAGAAAAGUGCACAACUCACUCAGUAACACAACUGUCACUCAGCAAUCUCAACAAUCAAGAUUCAAAGAAUACAAAUGGUGGUUUCGUGUGUCCCUCUACAUAAUAUUUCUUCUUGCAGGACAAUCUGCAGCAACUCUUUUGGGAAGGCUAUACUAUGACAAAGGUGGUAAUAGCAAAUGGAUGGCAACAUUUGUUCAAUCAGCUGGAUUCCCUGUCCUAUUUCCACUCCUUUUUUACUUCCCAUCACAUGCCAAAUUUUCUAACAUGCCCAAAAAUGAUUCCUCCAAAUACAAACCAAAAUUUUACACCUUAGUUUCCCUCUACAUAGCUUUUGGCUUUCUUCUUGCAGGGGACAACUUAAUGUAUUCCUAUGGACUUCUAUAUCUCCCUCUUUCCACCUAUUCUCUACUAUGUGCAACCCAAUUAGCCUUCAAUGCAGUAUUCUCUUUCUUCCUGAAUUCCCAGAAGUUCACAGCAUUCAUAUUCAAUUCUGUGGUCCUCCUUACCAUAUCAGCUUCCCUGCUUGCAGUCAAUUCUGAUUCUGAGGAUUCAAUGGGUCUUCCCAUAGAAAAGCAUAUAAUUGGAUUCUUAUGCACCCUUGGUGCAUCUGCUGCAUUUUCUUUAUAUCUCUCUCUUGUGCAGCUUUCUUUUGAGAAAGUUAUAAAAAAGGAAACCUUUUCUGCUGUCUUGGACAUGCAAUUGUACCCUUCCUUCAUUGCUUCCUGUGUUUGUGUUGUGGGAUUGUUUGCAAGUGGAGAAUGGAAAACUUUGGAUAAUGAGAUGAAGGAAUAUGAAAAGGGAAGGGUGUCAUAUAUAAUGACUCUUCUUUGGACUGCUGUGGCAUGGCAAAUAACCUCCAUUGGUAUGCUGGGGUUAAUUUUUGAGGUAUCUUCAUUAUUCUCAAAUGUAAUAGGUACCUUGGCAUUGCCCAUAGUUCCCAUCCUUGCUGUUAUUUUCUUUCAUGACAAGGUCGAUGGGGUGAAGUGUAUAGCAUUACUAUUAGCAGUAUGGGGCUUUCUUUCCUAUAUUUAUCAGCAUUAUCUAGAUGACCAAAAAGCCAAGGCAGAUAAAAGUAAUGGCCUUGAGGUUUCAAGGGAUGAGGUAGAAAUUUGCUGAUGGAAUGGACCAACUUUUGAUGAAUUUAUAGCAAUCUCUAUUGGAAAAUUGAAUUUAGUCCAGAGC